AGUUUGCCUUGUUGGCUUUUUUUCUUCUUUGCUGUAGAAUGUUGGGUUGUUUAGAAAGGGACUUCUCUUCAGGAUCACUCUUCUGUUGUCUGGAGGGGUCACUAUACUUUACAUACGGUGGAGAAUCAUGGGCACAGGACCACCAGCAUUCACUGAAGUAGACAACCCAGCUUCAUUUGCAGACAGCCUAUUUGUGAGAGCUAUAAACUAUAAUUACUACUAUUCAUUGAAUGCAUGGUUGCUGCUCUGUCCCUGGUGGCUGUGUUUUGAUUGGUCAAUGGGCUGCAUACCCCUUAUUAAAUCAGUCAGUGACUGGAGAAUAAUUGCACUAGCAGCACUUUGGUUCUGCCUAAUUGGCCUGAUAUGCCAAGCUGUAUGCUCAGAAGACAGCCAUAGGAGAAGAAUUCUUACUCUGGGACUGGGGUUCCUGAUUAUCCCUUUCCUUCCUGCAAGUAACCUGUUCUUUCGAGUAGGAUUUGUUGUUGCAGAGAGAGUCAUCUACCUUCCCAGUAUUGGAUAUUGCAUUCUGUUUAUAUAUGGAUUUAGUUUAUUGAGCAAACAAGCCAAGAAAAAGAAAAUUCUUACUGCUGCUAUACUGGGAAUCUUGUUGAUAAACGUGAUGCGCUGCAUUAUCCGCAGUAAUCAGUGGAGAUCUGAAGAACAGCUUUUUAGGAGUGCUCUGUCCGUGUGUCCUCUCAAUGCGAAAGUGCACUACAAUGUUGGCAAGAAUUUGGCUGACAAAGGCAAUCAAACAGCUGCUAUCAAAUAUUACCGAGAAGCUGUAAGGUUGAAUCCCAAAUAUGUACAUGCCAUGAACAACCUUGGAAACAUCUUGAAAGAAAGAAAUGAGCUCCGGGAAGCAGAGGAGCUGCUGUCCUUAGCUGUGCAAAUACAGCCUGAUUUUGCUGCUGCAUGGAUGAAUUUAGGAAUAGUCCAGAAUAGUUUAAGAAGAUUUGAAGAGGCAGAGCAGAGCUACUGGACUGCAAUUAAACACAGGAAAAUAUACCCAGACUGUUACUACAAUUUAGGACGUUUGUAUGCAGAUUUGAAUCGCCACAUAGAUGCACUGAAUGCAUGGAGAAAUGCUACAGUUUUGAAACCAGAACACAGUUUGGCCUGGAACAACAUGAUCAUAUUGCUUGACAAUACAGGCAAUUUAGCACAAGCAGAAGCAGUUGGAAAAGAGGCCCUGGAAUUGAUACCUAAUGAUCAUUCUCUUAUGUUUUCUUUGGCAAAUGUAUUGGGGAAAUCUCAGAAAUACAAGGAAUCUGAAGCUUUGUUUCUCAAGGCAAUUAAAGCCAAUCCAAAUGCAGCCAGUUACCACGGUAAUUUAGCUGUGCUUUACCAUCGCUGGGGAAAUCUUGACUUAGCCAAGAAACACUACGAAGUCUCUCUGAAGCUUGACCCUACAGCACCUGGGACCAGGGAAAAUUACAACCUCUUGAAAAGAAAACUGGAACAAUUGCAGAAGAAAAGCAAUGUCUGAUGUUUCUUUCCGGGUUGUCAGUGCAUGCUGCAUACCAUUCAUGCUACAUGGCUACUCUUAACCAUGUGAAGGAUUCAGUCAUUGUUUUUAAAAAUAAUAAUGACAGCACCAGCAAUGCACACUUGAAUGCACAUGCCUGAUAUGGUCUUGCAUUGGAAAUUUAUUUUUUCAAAUAACUCAACUGUGGAAUCUUAAAAUGUCAGCUGAGGACUUAGGUAUCUUUUAUCUCUCUCUCUUGUUUUUUUUUUUUUUAAAUCUCAACUGUUUUUCCAGUCCAUUAAAAACAUUGAUAUAGGUAUAAGAUACUAAUGCAGGGUAGAAUUUCACAGCUGUGCUUCACAGCACAUAGCAAAGUUUACUUUUACAUGUAGUUUGCAUAGUUCAUCUGACUUUUUAGUAACUGUGGACACUUAAAAUGCAAUUUUACUCUGAAAAGUAACUGAAAAAAUGGCAUUUCCUAUUUAAAAUUUUUACCUCUGCAUGUGUAAGGUUAUACCUGUUCAUGUCAGUGACUAUGGCUUUUUUUACUGUUCCUUGUUCCUAUCUUCACCUGGGAGGCAAUACACUUUUUGGAAGAGCAAAAUUGGAUUUUAAUCCAGUGCAUCAAGAGAAUUGUUAAACAAGUUAUAAUUGUUGGGCUAAAUUAUGCCCUCAUUUGUACCUGAGCUGUCUUUUUGAAGGUAAUAGGGCGUAUAUAGGUAAAUGAGGGCAUGAUUUGACAAUGAUCUGCAUAGUGGUCCCACAUGACUGCCUUCUGUCAAGGUAUAGAAUGGAAGGAGCUUUAGGGGGAAAAAGUCAUACCAAAGUAAUGCACUGGCUCAACAGGGUAGUGAUUUAAGGAAGGAACAUGACCACAAUACAAGAGAGAUGCUUUAAUUUAGCCUUCUUUCAGGCAGCCUCUGUUCAAAGAAUUCACAUAGAUCUUUAGCAAAAAGUUAUGGUUUUCUUCACCUUUGUGCCAGGUUGAUGGUGUAUACACAGCUUACUUUCUGCUAGGGGUUAGCCACUGUCUAUGGACAUUGUAGUAUCCACUGAUUCAAAUAAUAGAAACUUAAAGUCCCGGCAUCAAGGACAAACUAGGAACAAAGCCAGGGCACAGGUGUUAGUGACUGCAGAACCUGGCCUGUAGAAGCCUUUGCUACUGAUUGAUGCAAGAGUUAACGGAAACCUAGAUUCACCAUCAUGUCUCCAGGUGAGUUUGCUGAUGUGGCUGUUGGGGGGUGGGGAAUACAUAUUUAAAUUCCAAACUGAGUAAAUUUGAUACACUGUUAAGAACCAUUUUUGUAUAGCAUCACUUCUCUGAGUAUACUGAACUUUGAACUUUCAUUUGGCAGCACAGAGGGAGUUAAGUAUUUGUGCUGAUGUUUAUAGCACAGCAAAGAUGCUGCUGCAUCAGGAAAUGCUCAUUUUUUUAACAUUGGAGGAACAGUCUAUUGGAUGUGAAAAUUGAGAGGCUUUACCUCUUUCUUCAUACUCCUGUAGUCUAUAUUUUUUUCCAUAUGGAGAAAUUGAUUCAUGCAAUAUUUGCAGCUUUCCUACGUUGUGUGAUAAUAUUGUAUGAGAGAUUCGGAAAUAUCCUUAACAUGCCACUUUCAUAUUGUGUGUGUGUGUGUGUGUGUGUGUGUGUGUGUAUCUAUAUAUAUAUGAAUCUGUUUAAAAUGUCAGGUAGGUGUCCAUCAUGGUACAUGAUAUUAUUAUGUUACCUUGCCAUUCUGAAUGCCAUGUAAAUGUUAUACUUUUACAAAACUCUACCUUCUAUUUAUUUUUGGCUUGAAAAAGUGUCUCACACAAUUAACACAACCAGUGGGUUUUUAAAGCUUUUUAUACUCUGCCUAAGAUGCAUUGGUUGUAGAGAGCAUUUUGCUGUCAGCCCCUAAAACAUAAAAUUUUGAUUUUGCUACAGAAAGGAAUUUCUAGAAGAGAAAAAAUCCACAAAACAGAGCAUUAUUUGUAUAUUUGUAGUAUCUGAUGCUGUUAAGGUUUAAAUUAUUAUUUUUGUCUUGCAGUUUACCUAUAUAAUGAUCCCUAGUGGCACGUACUGUUAGCUUUGUAUUAAUACAGUAGAUCAAUAUUACAUAUAAGGCAUGCAAUCCCUGUAGUUCAUUAAGAAGCAAAGCCAUUACAGAUAUUCCUCUGCAAAUAUCAACACAUCCUACUUAAGUGUUUUUAAUGGAAAUGAUAUGGCCAAAAACUGGACUUCCUGUUUUAUACUCUUGCAUUUUAAAAUGCAGGUUUACUGUUCAGGUAUAACCACUAUGAUCUUUACUUAAUUUUCUGGAUAUGUAACAUCACAUAACAUUGGUUUUAAUUUUUUUAAAAAUUUACAAUUCACUAUUUAGGAGCACAGAGAUGCAACAUGAAUACUUGCAUGACAGUAGUAACAGGAACACACUUAUAGUAGAGUGUAAGGUUGAAGCACAACUGACUUUGGAAAAAUAAAUGUGUGGAUUUACUUACUUGAAUCUAAGACAAGGUGUGUUUUUUUUUGUUUUUUUUUUUUUUUUUCUCCACCCAGCAUGGCGGGGAAAGUCCCUCAUUCAUGUCCAGAGUUGGAGGGGAGGGGAGGCAGGUGGCUUCCUCCCAGGUGGGUCAGAGCUAGUCAGACCCACACCUACCUUCUGCCCCCUGCCCCCCUCCAUUCCCCCUCUUACUGUUCAUCCCUCGUGCCCCCACCCCCUUAACUGAAGCCAAGCUUUGGAGCCACAGCUUGGCUUCAGCUCUGGCUGGAUUCCCUCCCCAGCUUGGAGCACAUGGGAACGCUGUCCUCUGCCUGGCCAGAGUCAGCAUCACCAACACUGGCCUGCAUGGCCAUCAGGGGCUAGGGGCUGCACUUCCAUGUUCUGUGCUCUGGGGAGGGAACAGAGCUAAGCAGCAUCUGACAGUGUGUGUGGGGGUGGGGAGCGGUGU